AUGUUUUUCCAGUUUGUACUCGUGGUUCUAGUCGUGGCUUAUAAUGUGGAUGUAGCACAGACUGAAUCUUACGACCUAAUAAUAAUCCCGGUACCAAAAGCAUCAAAGCAUCCGACGCGAUCGAAAAAGAUAAUCGAAGUAAAACUACCCACGUUGAUCCGGUACAGCCAAUCCCAACACAGGAAGGGGCAAAACAAGCUUGACAUCGAACAAUACGAAGAGCCCACAGAGCUCCCUGACAUUGACAACUUUCAGUACAAAGAAAGAGAUGGAUAUAGAGGCUCAGAUAGUACUUUUCAUGGAUAUGACAUGUAUAGCAACUAUGGUGAGGAUAAAAUUGUGGGAGGUUUUGAAGUGGACAUAAAUUUGUAUCCGUAUCAUGUGGCUUAUGGCACUAACUGUGGUGGAGCUAUCAUAGACAAGAAGUGGGUCAUCACUGCGGGGCAUUGUGGCAAGAAGCCGUACAUUAGAGUGGGGUCCAAAUACCUCAACCAGGGCAGGAAGGUGGACAUCAAGAACUACCAUGUGCACCCAACAUGGAGUGCCAGCAAUAAGGAGCACCCCUUCGAUUAUGACUUUCAACUCCUGGAGCUGAAGGAGCCUCUGAAGUUUGAUGAGAACAUACAGCCAGUGAAGAUCGCGCAUAUCGAGGAUAUGGUCAUUGGAAAGGUUGUGACGGUGACUGGGUGGGGCAAUACGGAGGAAAACGGUCCAUACUCAAACGUGCUAAGAGCGGUGCGGGUGCCCAUCAUCUCUAAGGAACACUGCCAGAAUGUGCCUUUCCCCUAUUUCAGGGGAGGACUCACAGCAAGGAUGUUCUGCGCAGGAUUCUCAGAAGGAAAGAAGGAUGCUUGUCAGGGUGACUCUGGAGGUCCAGCGGUGUCCUACGACCGGAUCCUGGGCAUGGUGUCCUUCGGCUACGGCUGCGCCACUCCUGGCUCCUACGGCGUCUACAGCAAGAUCGCCAAAGUACGAUCCUGGAUCGAACAGACUACUGGCAUCAAGUUCGAUUAG